GUUCCUCGGAGUGGCUUUUCUCUCUCUCCCAGCAAGAAUUUCUUCAAGCACCAGACGAGAGAGAGAAUCGUCAAGCCAGGAAGAGAUCAUCAAAUCCCUUUUGAGAGUUUCUUGGAAUUAGGGUUUCUCUGCUGAGAAAAUCAUGGCGGACUUGGAAAAUUUGCUGCUUGAGGCAGCUGGGAGAACCAAUGGGAGAGGAAGGAAUAAGCAGUCAUUACCGCCAUCAAGGAGGAGGCGGGAGGGCUCGUAUUCUGAUCACGGGAGCGACUCCAGGGACGAUGAGUCCGAUGAUAAUCGGGGUUAUUCAAGCAGGAAGCCGUCUGGGUCUCAGGUUCCUUUGAAGAAAAGAUACGAGAGGGACGAUGAUCAAGGAAGUUUAGAAGAAGGCGAUGAUGACUAUGGGGGCUCAGAUCGCAGGGGCGACAGUAGUGAUGAAUCUGAUGUUGGCAGCGACUUGUAUAAGAAUGAAGAUGAUCGUCAACGGCUUGCAAAAUUGUCUGAACUUGAAAGAGAGAUGAUUUUGGCCGAACGAGCAGAAAAGAUGACGGAUAAAAGCAUGGCGAAAAAUUUGAGGAAGGAUAGGAAGACCUCUCAGUCGCGAAAGGAGACACCUCCUCUUGCGUCACGCGGACGCACAUCAUCUAGAUCCGCUGACAGAACAGCUGCCAAGGAUGAAGCUUUAAACGAACUGAGAGCAAAAAGGUUAAAGCAGCAAGACCCAGAGGCUCACCGUAAACUGAGAGAUGGAUCUAGAGGAAGUACUGCUAACCGAGAUUUAUCAUCAGUCAAGAGAAAAGCCUUUCCUGCUUCAAGUCUGAGUAGUUCGAGCCGGAGUGAGAGCGAAAGUCGGUCUGACAGUGAAGAUGAGGCAUCAACUGGCGAUGGACUGGUUGACAGCGACGAUGACAGGGCACUGCCUGGUUCAGAGACUCUGAAAUUUGAGGAUGUUAAAGAGAUUACAGUUCGGAGGUCAAAACUGGGAAAGUGGUUUAUGGAGCCCUUUUUCGAGGACUUAAUUGUUGGUUGCUUUGUAAGGGUCGGAAUUGGAAUGUCAAAAAGCAGACAACCAAUCUAUCGGCUCUGCAUUGUUCGGAAUGUUGACGCCUCAGAUCCUGAUCGACAAUAUAAGCUAGAAAACAAGAUGACAUACAAGUACUUAAAUGUUGUGUGGGGGAAUGAAAGCUCUGCAGCUAGGUGGCAGAUGGCAAUGGUUUCAGACUCCCCACCACUUGAGGAGGAGUUUAAUCAGUGGGUUAGAGAGGUGGAGCGGAGCGGUGGACGGUUGCCUAGCAAGCAGGAUGUGUUGGAGAAGAAGGAGGCCAUCAAGAAAAUUAACUCAUUUGUUUACUCAGCUGCUACAGUGAAGCAGAUGUUGCAGGAGAAAAAAUCGGCCUCAUCAAGGCCGAUGAAUAUCGCAGCUGAGAAGGAUAGGCUGAGGAGAGAAUUGGAAAUUGCACAGUACAAGGAAGAUGAGGCGGAAGUCAAACGGAUCAAAGAGAAACUUCAGCAAUUGGAGGCCACUCGACAAGCUCAGAAGACCGAUGAAAAGGCUAUUAAGCUUGCUGAGAUGAACAGAAAGAACAGGGUUGAGAAUUUCAAGAAUGCCUCAGAAUUGAAACCUGUGAAUACGUCCCUAAAAGCUGGAGAGGCUGGGUAUGAUCCCUUUUCAAGAAGAUGGACCAGGUCAAGGAAUUACUACGUCUCUAAGCCGAAUGGAGGAAAUGAGGCUGGAGGUGCCAAUGACAAUGGUAAUGUUGCAUCCGUGGUUGCUGAGAGCAAUGGGUCGGGCCCAGUCGUGUCAGAAGCCGGUGUGGUGGCAACGGUUGAGGCGCUUGAAGCUGCUGCUGAUGCUGGGAAAUUGGUUGAUACGAACGCGCCGGUUGAUCAGGGCACUGAAUCAAAUAUGUUGCACAAUUUUGAACUUCCAAUUUCAUUGAAUGCACUUCGGAAGUUUGGUGGGGCACAAGGAGCAUUAGCUGGUUUCAUGGCUAGAAAACAGAGGAUUGAAGCGACAGUUGGAUGCCGUGUGCCAGAGAAUGAUGGGAGGCGGCAUAUUUUGACAUUGACAGUUAGCGAUUAUAAGAGACGGAGAGGGCUCCUCUGAGUAAUGAUUCGACCAAAUGGCGUUUAUGAAGGCGACGUAUUCCUAGUCCUCCAUCCUGUCAAACCAGUGAUCCAUGCUUGUGAUUUUUAUCGGUGGGUUCGCUUGGGGUCUGCCUCAUCUUGUGGACUUUUUUUGCCUUUAUAGUGACUUCCAUGCAGUGCACCUGCCUUUGCUUGUUGUGUAUCUAUUGAACCCAGGCUAGGUUUUGUCUUGGGACAUGUUUCAUUAGCUUAAAUGAGCAGAUUUACACUUGGGUAUCGUUGUC